CUCUCCUGUCGUUGAGGUUCAGUGUGAAGGCCGUGUGCAUGGCACCGUCUCCGGACUCGGGCUCUAACGCACGGGAGAUACACAAAUCACCCCAACAUUCACCCCGACUCUCUUCAGUAAUCAUACCCGUGUGUUUGUGAAGUCUUUUAGUGAGCGGCUCAGAGCAGGUCAAGGAUGCACCAGAGCCGGGGAGAGUGCUGUGCACAGGUCGGGGCCGCGUUGCAGUACUGAACAGACACCGAGGAGAGUUCUCUCGGCAUCGGCGUGUGGAGUAGGAGGAGGGGGGAGGGAGGGUACGGGGAGGCGCUGCUCGGCCCUAGAGCGGCUGCGGCCUAGUCGCCGUACGUGUCCAGCCCCCCCUCCCGCCCUCACGUUCAGCCCACGGAGACCCUCCCCGCUCCGUCUCUCCCUCCCUCCCUCCGCACCACCAUCACCGUCAUGGCAGAGGAGCAGCCGCCGCCGCCGCCGGAGCGGGAGCCCCAGCAGCAAACCCGCCGUGCGGAGGGCAGCGGCGCUUUGCCCAGCCUGGUGGCAGGGCUGGCGGAGUCGGAAGCGAGUGCACUGCAGCAGAAACUGAAGAACUCCAUCUGCAAAACUGUACAAUCAAAAGUGGACUGCAUUUUGCAAGAAGUGAUGAAGUUUACAGAUCUAGAAAAACUCUACCUCUACCUUCAGUUGCCUUCUGGUCCCAGCAAUGGAAACAAAAGCAAUCCGAGCUCUUUGUCAUCCAGUCGCACCCAACAAAUGCAUGCAUGUAACUGGAUCCGAAAUCACUUGGAGGACCACCCAGAUACUUCACUGCCCAAGCAAGAAGUUUAUGAUGAAUACAAAGGUUAUUGCGACAAUCUUGGAUAUAACUCUUUAAGUGCAGCUGAUUUUGGAAAGAUCAUGAAGAAUGUCUUUCCAAACAUGAAGGCCCGGCGUCUAGGCACAAGAGGCAAAUCUAAAUAUUGCUAUAGUGGUCUGAGGAAAAAGGCCUUUGUUCACAUGCCAUCACUACCAAGCCUGGAUUUUCACAAAACUUCUGAAGGGUCUGAAGGAAUAGACUGUGCAGGCCACUUACAAAGUAUUGAUGAAGAGGUCAGAUCUGCAGCUUGCAGUCUAGUGUGUGAGUGGGCCCAGAAAGUAUUAAUCCGCAAAUUCGAUUCUGUGGUCGAUCUAGCUCGCUUCCUUGUUACCAGCCACUAUAUUGGCACUAAAUCCGUGGCUGCAUUGUCUGUGAUGGCCGGUGCACCAUCAGGAGGGAAACAACCGUCUGCUUUUGUGCCUAUGGCUGAAAGCAAUGCUUUUCAGCCCCAGGUGAAGACUUUGCUUUCGCCAUCAAUAGAUGCCAAACAACAAUUACAACGUAAAAUUCAGCAAAAUACGUUAAAGAAACAGCAAGAACAGAAACUUCAGUCUCCACUUCCAGGUGAACAACAAGUGAAGAAGAUAGAGGGCCCGGCUGUUGGAGGAGUAGCUAGCAUUCCCAAUGGAAGCCCUGCUUUGCUUUCACCACAGCCUACCAUUGGCAUAGUGGUGGCAACUGUACCCAGUCCUAUCCAAAUGCAGAGAAGCCGACAGAUGAUGACAUCACCAAGUCCACUGGGUCCAUCAGAGAGCAAGGUCCUUCCUUUGAAUGUUCAAGUUGUUGCUCAACAUAUGCAAUCAGUCAAACAGCAGCAGAAGACUAUACAGAACAUCCCUGCAAGCCCACAUAAUGAUCGCUCAAGACCUCGAUAUCAUCAAAUCUUGCCUAAGCCACCCUCCACCAACACGCUUACUCUCACCUCUCCAACUAGGGUACUUUUGGCUAGUAGUAGUCCAAUUAAAACUGUUGUGUCUGGAGCGUCCCAUGCGAGCUCUUUGAAUAUGGUAAAGAUGACGACAAUAUCUCUCCCUCCCAAUACUGGUGCAUCUCCCAAGUCUACGUCAUCAGUAAGUAAUAGUAGUGGAACAACAGAAAAACUAAAAUCUGCAUCAGCUGUGAGAGUUGGGUCAACUUCUCUUUCUGCAGUUGGAUCCAAAACAAGUAGUGUAACAACUACACCUACUGCUGAAGUCAUCAAAUCUGAACAGGAAGCAAUAGCAAAUGAUGAAAAGCAGCUUCAGUGCCAAGACCAAUCAAGAAGCUUGAAGGAUCCUAGAAGAGUUGCUGGUUCUUCUCCAUCUGGGCAAAAAAGUAAUAGUGAAGGUGCAGCAAAAGUGAAGAUGUCAAAUGGGAAAAUAUCUACUGAGAAGGCAGCUAAAGUCUGUAAUGGUCAAAAAACUGAAGGAAAAAAAAGCAAAACUGAAGGCAAGUUUUUACCCAAUGAAAAUCUGGCUAUUUCAGUAGCAGGAAGUAACCAAAAUGCUUUUGUUGUUUCCUCUACUUCAACUUUGACAAGCACCAGCAUUAUUUCAAAAUCCAAUGCUGAUAUUGCCAGGUCUCAUAAAGACAAUGGGAUGUGCCCAAAAAGUCCAAGGAAACGGUCUCCUUCAAAUUCUGUGUCUGAACCACUGGUGCCACCUGUGAAAAAAGCACUGGUUUUAGAACCUACUUUGGAUAAUGCAGAACAUCAGAAGCCCUGCCCUGCUACUCCAGCAGUGACACCUCCAAAACCUUCUACAGGGGUACUAGUGAAAAAUGAGAAAGCACCAGCAGUGGUUCAGACACCUAGCAAAAUUACUGUUAAACUGAAUACAACAGGUAUAACUCGUAUAUUAGCCAACCCUACAUCUGAUACUCAAGUAUUCACCCUGGAUUGCAUUCGGACUGCUACAGAGCAAACGUCCACUUUUCAGGAAAAUAAGACUGAAGACUUGGAAAGGAGCUUGUUGACGUUACAGGGAAACAAUUCAAGUACAAAGCUGACGAUUGAUAAUACUGACAUCCAGCUUAUCAAGAAGAAUCACCAAUGCUUUUUAACUGAUGCAGAAAGACAGCCAGCAUUAAAUGCUGGGGUAAUAGGGAAUUCAGGGACUGUUGAUUUUCAAGAAUCUGCAUGGGAGCCAACACAAUGUAAUGGGUUGGAUCAGCAGUUGUAUGAUCAACAAAUGCACGUUCAAAACCAGCUUGAAAGUUCUACUUUGGUUCAGCUGCAAGGACAAAAUCAAAUACAAUUGUCAAACCAGUUACCCCUCCCAGAUAAUUUGAUGGAUCUCACUGCUUCAAGUUCACAAACCAAUGAGAACUACCUUCGGUUUGAUGAUGACCUCACACAGGACAGUAUUGUAGAAGAGCUAGUGUUAUUUGAAGAGCAAAUGUCCCUGAAUGUUGAUUAUGGAUCUGGGUUGGGAUUUCCUGCUCAUGGUCAUUCUGCAGGAAGUCAGAAUACACUAAUGUCAUCCCAUCCAGCCAGUCAGUUCUAUCAUCCAAUCCAUAGCAGUGGCACUCCAACCCCAACUCCCACUCCAACGCCAACUCCAACACCUAAUCCAACGCCUACAUCAGAAAUGAUUGGCUCCCAAACAUGUUCUAGUCCUAGCUCCAGAAUGGCUCAAACUACUCCAGUUGAUAGUGCUCUUGGCAGCAGCAGACAUACACCAAUUGGAACACCUCAUUCAAACUGUAGUAGUAGUGUGCCCCCAAGCCCUGUUGAGUGCCGGAAUCCUUUUGCUUUUACUCCAAUAAGCUCCAGCCUGGCCUACCAGGAUGCCAGUGUAAUUUCUAGCAGCCCUGUUAAACCAAUGCAAAGACCAAUGGCCACUCACCCAGACAAAACAAAAAUUGAAUGGAUGAAUAAUGGAUACAACACUGGAAUAAGCAGUUCAGCAUCAUCGACCAAUGCUGUUGGUAUUCUUCCUAGUUAUCAGAAGCUCACAGAGGAUCACUUUAGAAAACCACAUGCCUUUGCAGUUCCUGGACAGACAAUGCAGUCGUAUCACCAUAAUGCUGCGCAAUUACAGUCCAGACAUCAUGAUACUCAUUUGGGCCGUGUUACUCCAGUUUCACCCAUACCACACCAGGCAACUUCAGUGGCUAAUGGCAGUAAGCAGGAGGGAUUUGCAGUUCCAGCACCUCUUGACAACAAAGGAAUGCAUUCAUUGAUCAAUAAUUUUAGGUGUCGCAGUGUCAGUCCUGCUGUUCGUCAACGUAAUCUUAGUGGAAGCACAGUUGGUCCACUGAUUAAUCUGCCAAGAACAAGUUUGGCACCUUUUGGAAGCCCAGUGACACCUGAGGUUCACAACACAUUUAUUAAUAAUAUUUCGGAUAAUAGUGCCAACAGCAUUGCUCAACGAAGCCAAUCUGUCCCUUUGUCUGUGAUGAUGCAGACUACUUUCCCAUCUUCCCAGAAGCAAACUAACACUAAAAAGAUUACAAAUGUUUUGUUAAGUAAACUUGAUUCUGAAGGUGAUGAUGCAGUGAGAGGCUUGGGAAUAAACAACUUGCCCUCCAAUUAUACAGCAAGAAUGAAUCUUACUCAAAUAUUAGAGACAACAGCUUCUUUUGGUAGUGCCAACCAGCAACCAGUGAUUAACCCAAGCUCUUCUGUCUUUGAAUUCCAAAAGCCCAGUUAUGUAGCAAAACACAUCAAUAAUGAUCAGAUGGGUUAUAUUUCUGAAGAUAAUCAAGCACAAACAGAAUCCAGAGUGCAAUCAUUGGACUUCACCAGUACAGUCAAAGAUUUUUUGGCUGAAGAUGGCCUGCAGCCAAACCAGCAAGUGGUUGGUCAAGUAUCAUCAGAUCUAAAUGUUGCCUCUGAUUUCUCCAGUGAUCUCAGGUUACCUGCUGAGCUUUCGGGCAGCAUAAAUGAUCUGAGCACUUUAGACACAAAUCUGCUGUUUGACCCAAGUAAACAACAGGGGCAAGAUGUUGAUACGACACUGGGGGAACUAAAUGAUGAUGCAGUAUUCCAGCAGAUUUGUAAUGAGUCCAUGAAUCCCAUGCAGUCUUCAGGUUUUGACUGGAUGGAAAAUAAAGAUCACCCUACAGUUGAAAUGUUGGGUUAAAUCAAAGAGUACUGUUAAAUAUAUAGCACACAUUUCAUUUUCUGAGUCAUUAUAUUUGGCCUAAUAGAUGUGCCUGCCUUAAGAAAAAACAUUUGUUCCUAAACAAGUGUAUUCCAGGAGGAAAAAAAAAUAACUGUUUUCCAUAUUUAAGUUCUAUUAACCUUGUGUCCAUAAUUUCAUUUUAAGUGCCAGCAUUUGACAUAAUUCUGCAUGGUUUAUUGCAAGUGCAUGUAUAUGUGUACCAUCCAUUUAUGGAAUUAGGUAUACUUACAAGCUAGGCUGCUGUCAAUAGAUAGAUUACUACAGUAAACUCUAAAUGCAGUAGAGCCUCUGAAAUCAACAGCACUAGAUAAAUAAUGGUAAGAAGAGGUCUACUCAAUUCAGGUGUAUUAGUCUGUACUUCAACCGUUUUGAGUUAUUUGUCUAUAAUUUGAGCCCAUCAUCAUUUUCUAAGGUGCAGCAUAAUUUAUCCUACUGCUUCAUUGUGGCUUUUCUUUAAAACUAGUCACUGUGAAUGGUGGUUGCAUAUUAAAAUGAUGAAUUUUCUGUAACAAGCAGCAAUAUACAUAGACCCAUUGUUGUCUCAACCACAUUUGCUAAUAUUCUUUUGCCCAGUAUUUUUCAUUGGAAUCAUAUAGAACUAGGCAUUGCAAACAGUACUUUAAAAAAACCCUCUAAUAUCAGUAGGAAGUGUGAGAUAUAAUCCUUAUUCAUGCUAUUAUUCAAACUAUCUGGCAUUGUACUCUAAAUCUGAUGCCUGAAGGUGUCUAUAAAGGAUAAAAUAAUAGCAGAAUCUUAAACAGCAAUGCGAUUGCAGAAUUAUCUGGCAAAUUGUAUACUCUUCUGCUGUCAGCAGUAUGAUGUUUGCCUUUUAACAUAAAGCAUUCAGCACUUCCAUAACUUUGGUAAAGUCAGCAUGUUAGUAUAUCAUGCUAGUUAUUUACUCCUUUGAGACAUUUUUAUUAUAUAAUCUCUUCAUGUUGAAUUCAUGCUAUGUAAGCAGGUUAACAACAAUGUCAACAAAGUACACGCAAGAAUUAAACAUGAACUAGGUUAGAUAGAUCUUGUAUCCUUUGUAUUAUUACUAAAGAGUAUACUGUAUUUGGAGGGAAAAUCAGUAGCUACCUCCUGAUGGUAAAACAAUUAAUAGUGGUAGUUAUUUAAGAAAAAGGUGUCUACAUAAUUUAACUUUUACUAGGUUGAUUUAAGAUGGUUCCCUAUAGAAAAUAAGAUACGAAAAUAUCCAGAGGUACCUUCCUUUUGUCCCAAAUAUGGCAUGCCAACAGAAAAGACAUUUUGGGCGGUCCACAACAAACAAAAGAAACAGGUUGGAAAAUGGAAGGGUGCUGAUUCAAAAACUUCUUCCUAAAUGGAUUAUAUUUCUUCAACUUUGAUUAAUUUUUAAUCUAAUAGGAUUGGUUUUUAACUGACCCCUAUUGCUACUUUCUUGUCUUUAUAUUUACUAUCUUCCAUAGGGGCCAUUCUUUUAAAGACUAUACACCUCUUCAAGUUGCGCUUAACCACUAAACGAUGUGAUCUGGAAGCAAACUUAAAUAGAUUCCACUUUUAAUUUUGUUUUGGCCAUUCGGACCAAAUGAAAUGCUAGUAACUUUUGGCAGGCUUUUCUUAUAUAGCUUAUCAUCAAAACACAGAAGGGAGGGACAAAUUUUGAUUUAAAUAAGGAGCAAACCAGCUCAUGCAAUGUGAAUGGCAUGGUUUAUUGAAAGUUAUGCAAUUCAUUGAAGAGUUUGGAACUUCUUAUCUGGAAAGUGAUGGAAUUUUUAAAGGCAACCUGGAUGAAAAUAUGUAAUCACGAAAACAUUUCAGAUGGAAGUGUGAAACAAUAUAGAAAUUGGUUUUGUGGAUUGCUCUUUUAGUUAGCUGGUGCAGGUACAAUUGGCAUAAUGGUCUCAGCUGAUGUAAAAUGUUGUGGUUCUAUUGGGUGUAUUUGAAUUAGUUUCAGAUUCCCUGAAUUAUGUGCAGGGUAUCAUUGACUCCCACUGAAGAACUGAAUAUUUUUCAGUGUUCUUAUCAACAAAAUUGAAAAUGGCUGUUUCAGCACAAAUACUGUGAACCCAAAGUUUACUUGAUUCCUACAAAUUAGUGACACAUCCCUAGUUAAGUUCACUCAUCCACAAUUUACGUACCUGUGACCACUAGAGGGUGCAACCUUUUAUGCUGACUUAACUUUUCAAGUUUAUGUUCCAAGUGAAGCCUUCCAAGAUAAUUAUGAAUUAUAGGAAAUGCAAUUAUAAUUCCAAAAAUCAAUGAUGUCAAAGAUGGCUUAAACUGAAUUGUGUCUCCUUUGACUGUUGAGAGUAACCAUAUUGAUAGUCUGACAUAAUAUCCAUGUUGUCACUGGAAUUUGUCUGUUUACUUCAUCAUCAAAGUACAGUUAUAAUUGUAUUGUCAUGAACUGUUUGUUAUUGCUUUAUUUUCCCCAUUUUUAGUAACUGAAUUGUCUGAUAAUGUACAUGCUAUAUUCUUCAUUUACAAAUGUAAACAAACCCUCUUGAAUAUAUUGAUACUCAUUCAAGUCACAGUUAAAUUGUUGAUCAUGAAGCAUAUGCCUGUUGAUGUCAGAAAUAUUAACCAGUGUAUAAGUAUCAUACUUCCAGUGCAUUUCAAGCCUCCAUUUUAAAAGUUUGGACAGCUAGUUUGCAAGGGUAGGUGUAUUGUAGCAAAGGAGUCUUUGUCUUUUGGGAUUAUAAUUGGGAUUAUAAGCACAUUGCAAUUCUAGCUCUGAAGCUUUUUCUUCAUCUAUAUGGUUGGAAUCAAGAAGUAAAAUGUCCUUUUUAAUAAGUUAUAGGGUCCGGCAGUGCAGCAAUUAAGUUUUAGAUCAGCUGCCGGGUUUCUUGACUAUUGAUUCACAAAUGUGAGUUUUAAUUCCAUUACAGCAACUGGGAACUUACAUUCAGUAACAAAAUAAAUCUGGAAUUAAAAUUGGUUUCAAGAAUAGUAACCUUGAGACUGCUGGAUUAACAUUAAAAACUUGUUUGGUUUACUAAUGGUCUUCAAAUUAACACAGCAACAUGUAAUUUUUGCAUCAUUAAAAGUUAGCGAUCUAAAUUGUCUGCAUCCCAGGGACAAAUAGACGUAAUUUAAAUUUCAGAAGCAGUGAAAGAAAUGUAAAAAUCGUCUUUUUGUUUCCUAUUACUGUGCAUCAUUGCCUUCUGCAUUCCCAGAUAUACUUCUCCAACCAAGUCAGGCAUAACACUUCUCAUGCUAACUGGAAAGCUGAGAAGAGAAUCUGGUUUUAAAUCUACAGCCAGUUUCUCAUGAUGUAGAACCUGAAAUACCUUGCAUUUAACCAUUCACUGGUGUACUUCUGAAGGGGGAGGGGGGGAAGGACCUUAAUUGUAUUUUUGCUGUAAUUUCAUCUUUAAAAUAAUGGAUUGAAAAAGAAUGAAUUGCUAUUGUAUACACAAUUUGUGGAAACUACUUAUUCUUCUUAAUGGAUCAGCAGAUUUUCUUUGCAUUACUUUCUCAAAAUUUCUUUUCUGUCUGCGCUGCUCAAAAUUCCCAGGUUGUCAAUAUUUCAAUGUCUUAAAAGUCGUAUUUCUAUUUUAUAUUAAUUUACAUUUAUUUUUGAGAGUUUUUGUCCCUUCCCUUAUCCUCUUGUCUGUCAGGUGUACAGUCAACCUAUGGGCCCUAGUUAUUCAUAUCCCAAUAUUGCAUUGCUAUUUUAAGUGGGCCAGAUCAUUUGCCUUGAGGGUCAAAAAAUGCUUUGUAGGAUGGCCAAUAAAUGCAUCAAAUGUGUAUACAAUAAAAUCACAGUUCUAGAAUUUUAAAUUUCAUCAAUGUAUAUAAAAAUUUAUCUGUCAAAAUGCCUGUACCAUAUCCAAAUGAUACUACUUUGAUAUUUAAACAGAAUUGUUGGUUGAUAUUCCAACAGAAACAAUUAACUAAAAUAAUGAACAAAUUUAUUUAAAUAUGCUGGUACCAUUUAACCAAAAUUUGCAGACUCUAGUUUCAUGAAUUUCUAUAAGGAAAAACUAUUGAUGAUUUUUAAUAUAAAGAAAUAAACAAAACUAGUAACCAAGGGCAACCAUGUUAUAUUAAAUGUAUUUUCUGUAAUGUUUUGCAUCUCAGGAUGAGAAUAUUUUUUACAUUGUGUUGUUAAGAAAGAAAAUCAGACUUCUCAUGAAUAUAGAGGAAAAAUUUUACAGGGACUUAAGUAUUUCUCGUUUAACAAUGGGAAGUUUUUCUUAGAAGUCCUUAAAGUACUUAAAAUGGCCAGUGCAUCAAUGGAUUUGAUGUUGAACUCUCUUGAACAGAAAUUAAUAAGGAAAUCCUUUACUUUGAAAAAAAUAAUGAAGAUGAUGAUCAUUGGACUUUGAAAAUGAUGAGCUAGGUAGCCAGUUGAAGGGAGGGGUUCAGAUAUAGCAGUGUUUUAUUUUAAUUCUGUCCAAUUUUUUCAGACAAUAGUGUUUUCGAGAGCAUUCUAAAAGUGGCCUGCAUGUGUGGUUUAACAAGUGGGUGAAUUGAAAAGCUUAUGAAAACGUUUGACAUUUUUCAUUCAUAUAUCUGUCUCUUUUCUAUAAUUAUUUUUACGAUUGCUUUUAAUAAAUGCACUUAAAAAUUUUGAGCUUUUCAUGUAGUAGUCUCUCAAGUUUGAUCCUUUGGAUUUGUUAUUUUAAUUCUGACAUAGUACUUGUCACAUUGUUCUGGGGAUUCUGGACCACUGGCCCAGAAACAAUCAACAGAGCACAGGUAGACUUAGUCUAGCUGAAACAGCACUGAACUUAACAUUGCAUAGUUUGCAGCAAAAGAUUCAUACAUAGAUUUGCACCUCAAAUGUAAUUGGGGAUGCUUUUAAUAUAGGUAUGUUGUCAAUUUGGAGCUUAGUGGACAUUUGCACUAGAUAUCUAAAGGGAGCUUCUGGCCUGGCACAUCUCUUAGUACAAAUGGUAAUUGUUACGCAAAGUAAGUUUUCAUUGGAAUUGAUUUUAGAAAGUGUGUUCACAUACAAGGUGAAAUGUCAUUGUGAAAUGACAUUUUGAUUGUUUUAUGUAGCAAUGUAUAUUGAUCUCAAUGAGAUAAUUGUUUUACUUAAUUCUCUUGUAGGAGAAUAUUAAAACGAAAAUUUAAAGUUCAAUUUUUCUUCACCAUGUUAAUAAAUGAUCACAAGUGUGCAUGUAUGUUAUUGAAUUAUAUUGUACAGUGCUAGUUAUAUUCCAGUAACCACUUUUUGCUGAUAUGAAUCUGGAUCUUUAAUGACCAGGGAUACUCAAUUAACACAUUACAAGUUGCGUAUCUUUUCUGAAGUUUACUGAUUUAUCUUGGAAAUGUUGAAUAUGUUAUCAAUUUUGUUCCGUUGAUUUAGGGAAUUAAUAUUUGGUAAACUAUUGUGGAAGAAGAUGCUACAGUAAUUUGCUAUACAUAUAUUUUUGCAAAAUAAAUUGCCAUUCAUGUGAGCUGAUUGAGAAUUUGGUUUCAGCAACCAUAACUAAUACACAUCAAAUGAAACUACAAACAAUGAAUCCCAACUCCUUAUGACAUCACAACGUAAUGCUGGCCUGUACCAUAAUUUUUAUUUAGUGUAGAAUUUUUUUAAUGGUAUUUGUGUGUGGAACUGCUGAAAAAUAAAAUCAGUAGUGCAAUAAUGUUGAAAUAGCAUUUCAGAUUAGCUUUUUUUUUCUUAUUGAUGAAAGUGCUCACAGAUAUUGUUAAAGUUUUGUAAAUGGUUUCAAAAGCCAAUAAAAAAAAACCCAUUUUGUACCACAAUCUGAUCUGGAAAAUGUCCUUGUGUGCUUUGUUUUAACAGCAGUCAAUU